AUGGCCUCUCAAACGCAUGACGCCAGUCCCAAGCCGGAUGGGCAAGAGCCCCGGCCCAGCUCGUCUGUCCUCCUACUCUCCCCCACGAAUGAGAUCCUGCUGCUGCAUCGAGUCAAGACGUCGACAUCAUUUGCAUCGGCGCACGUGUUCCCAGGCGGGAACCUAGAUGCAUUUCACGACGGAGACGACGGUGGCAUUCCCGGCCCCGGGAGCCCCGAGAGACACCAAGAUGGCCCGGGGUACAGAAUGGGUGCCAUCAGGGAAACGUUUGAGGAGACAGGAAUCCUGCUGGCGACCAAGGACGGCACACUCGUAAACUUGUCGGCGAAGCAGAGGGACGAGGCGAGGAAGAACAUCCACGGACACAAGGUCAAGUUUGGCGAUUUCCUCAAGUCCAUUGGCGCCGUGGCCGAGACAGCGGGACUGAUUCCCUUUACCCGCUGGAUCACACCGACUAGCGUGCCCAAGCGCUUCACCACGCAGAUGUAUCUCUACAUGCUCCCGAUAUCCAAGAAAUCGGUGCCAUCGGAGAUGCUCCUCCCCACGCCCGACGGCGGCGUGGAGCACACGGCGGCACAAUUCGCGCCGGUGCAGUCGUGGCUGGACAGAGCCGCGGCGGGCUCCAUUACGCUCUUCCCGCCGCAGGUAUACCUCAUGAGCCUGCUCGGGCGGUUCCUGACGGGGUCGACGUCUGCCCUGGAGGAGGGGCCGCUUCAUUACACGGCGCAGCGGAAGAAGCUGGUUUCGUUCCUGCGGCGGAGGGUGACUGCGGAGACGAACCGGGGCAAACGGCACCCCACGGCGACGAUUUCGUGGGCGGACAAGGUGAUGAGCCCGUACCACUUGCUGUUCAGAGAGGAGGACCACCGCGUGGUUCUGGCGCUGGACAAGCCCGGGCCCGAGCUGGAGGGCGGCGAUAGGGGCGGCGAUUGGGAGAGAGUCGCGCUGGUCAAGUUUGGGAAGGGGGGCCCCUCGGACGUUGUGAUUCGAAUGAGGGAGGAGGUGUUGGCGGAGCAGAGAGCGAAGCCGGACACGAGGCUAUAG